GGAUGCAGUCCACGGACACAAGUAGUAGUUCAUCAACGGCGGCAGAUCCGACAAAAGGCAAAGCAAAAAAGAAAAAAAUAAAAGCAAGUAGCACUAACGGCAACGCCUCGAUCGAAUCAAGUUUCGCUUCAAAACUCAAUAAACCCUUGGAGGAAAGUGCCAAGGAUUCGACUAAGAGCAAGGAAGUUCCAGAACCAAGUAAAAAGGGUAAGAGUAAAACGAAGCAAAACUCGGAUCAGAAUGAUGCCAAGUCCAAUAGUCACGAAAGCUCAAGCAACAAUGUAAAAACUGUAGCCAAUGGAGCCGCUACUGCUGCUCCUGUCUCGAUCCAGCGUAAACUCUCCGAACUCAAAAUCGAGAACCUAAACAAGACCAACAAUACUAACCACAGCAGCGAUGAAAUUGCCGAAGUAAAAACUGCCAAUAAACUCGAAAGCAGAGCCAAGGAUUUUCCAGUUUUGGGACGUACGCCAAACAGACCUCCUGGCUUGCCAAGCCCACCGCCAGGCUUUGCAGCUCCUAUUGUAACAAAUCCACCGCCUGGUUUCCAGAAUCGAUCAAACGGGCUCACGUUCACUAAUAGUUCCAGCGAAAGCUACGCCAUUGUACCUGACAAGCAGAAGCAUCAGUCGUAUACUUAUCUCGCGCCACCCGGUUUCCAGAGGCGAAAUCAAAACCUGAUUGCUCAGUUCAAUUAUUGUUUUGGGUGUGAUGAGAGUGAGGAGCUCAAGGCUUUCCGAAACCUGAGCGGACUCUACCGCACGGGAGCUUGCGAUGCCGAGGAGUACUACAAGCGAUGUCGCAACGUAAUGGGAACAAGCGCUUUCAACCGAAUUUUCCCGGAGCUGUUGUCUCUCCUCCCGGACAUUAAAAAGCAACGUGAGCUGUUCGAGGUUCACAAGCGUGAGUUGGGGGCAGGUUCAACCAAUAAGAUAAGCGGCCUCGUUGAUUGCGCCAAUUGUGGUCAGAUAUUGCGCAGCUCGGACCUCCAUGAUCACGCUUCUAGUCACACACUCGAGAAUCACUUUCCAAUUCUGAGUAACACUGGACCACUUAUUAACUCUUGGCGCAGGAAGUAAGGCUGAAGGGUUGUCUCAAAUGUCUGGGAAGCUUAAUCACAACUGCCCGUCAUCUUCGUUCCGCUGCGACUGGUGGCUACGCGUAUCGCGAAUCCGAUGACUUGUAAUAAGAAAAUGAACUUGAAAAUCUUUGGUUCUUUUUUUUCUGCUGACAUUUAUUUUUGUUAAAAAUUCUUUCGAUUUGUUAUUUACGUAUUUUGAUUAGUUUAACUCUUGAUUGUUAAAAAGCCAAAACAAUUUUUUAAUCUUUUUACUCAAAAAUAUUUAGUGCCUUAGUGAAAAUGAAGUGACGAAGUGAAAAAGUACUCUUACAGUAAGGUUGAAUUUUUCUAUUGCAAGCUAUCAUUAUGAGUCAUUGAAUCGGUAACCGGGUACUGUAGAAACUCGUAGAAAUUUGCAGCUUGUAAUGAAACAUUUACCAUUUUAUAUUGUAUGCAGCAAUACGAUUUUUUUUUCUUUUUGAAUUCACACGACAUGAUAUUUUUUUCUUGAUUUUUAUAGUUUUUAAGAUUGAGGGAACAUGAUUCUUGUUAGUACAAGGGCUGUACCUUGAAGAACAUGUGUUCAUUUUUUUAUUUAAAAUUUUCAAAAGCAACAUCUACACUUUAUGAAUACUUGGUAAAAUUUAGUUAAUAUUUAUUCAAUUAUGCUUCACAGUAAAAACUCGAGAGAAUAUUUUUUUACGUUUAAGCCUGCAUUUGCGAAGUUUUGAGUAAUGCUUGCAUUGGCAAUUUUUAAAAUUAUUUUAAAAUUAGUCCAUAAAAAUUUUUAGAAUCGUCAAGUUUGUUCGUCUUAUUUAGCUGUGAAACCAUUAAAUUUAUUUCAAGAUAUUGCAUAUUAUUUGAUUUUAGUGUGGAGAAUUUAAAGAAAUUUAUUUCUGACACAUUCAUAAAUAUAUGCAUAUAUUACGCCAUCACUCUUUUAUAAAACGGAACAUCAAAAAUGUCAAUCGUUGUACGACAAUGAAAUUACGUCAGGUAUUUCAGAGUUUUCUGAAUUUAUUAUUGUAAAUAAUAUGAUUAAAAACAUGUAUGAGAUGAGAUUUGUUAAUGUUAAAAGUGUAUGCAUGUGUGUAUAAAGUAAUGCUUAUAGACAGUUACACUUGUAGUUAGUAUACUAUGUCUGAUUCCUACAUAUUGCUAGACUAACGUAUUCAAAGAAUAUACAGGUUAAAUAAUUAAAUUAUGUUUGUAUUAAUUAAUAGCAGAGCCUAAGAUAUUCUUUAGGUGAGACUAAAUGGUUUUGUACAUUUGUUUUGUGGGUAAAAUCAUGAAAAAAAAAGAAAUCAAAUAAGAUUGGUUAUUUUAUUAAA